GAGUCCACAAACAAAAUUUGGGAUUUCGACCGAUCGCCUGAAGUGCUUUUCCCACGGGUCCAAUGCGACCUUUUAGCAGACGAUAAUCUCGAUCGACGCCCGGACUUUCGAUACACCAUAUUUUGCAUCAAACCCCACUAUUAAUUCUAUUAAGUUACUGGAAAUCAUUAUAUUUAGAACAAAUGCAAUAUCAGAAUAUCGUACUCAUUCACACGAUUCAGACGACGGCGCCGGCUUGGCCAGCCGGCGUGUGGCAGACGGCAUACUUCUUACAUUCGUCGUCUGCUGCAGGCAUCUUGAGGACCGGAAGUUGAUGUCGUAAAUAUUUCAUAAACAAGCGAUUACUGGCACACUUCUGUUGAAACAUAUAUGACAUGCAAGCUUUUUAUAUCUGUGAUUUUUAGAAACUUAAAUCCUACUCCUGAUUUUUGAACGGUCGGGUUUUUGUAGCGAAACCUAGCCACAUGUAUUUGUCCAUAACAACGACCCUAGCAACGGCGAACUGAACUUCCGGGAUGUGUUGAGAGGGCGCUGCGUUCGAAAAACAAAAAUGGCGCCGCCCUGGGAGCGCUAAAUGGCUGUGAUUGCCGCGGAACUCCGUCGAGUGGCUGUGUUGUCGAUGCCUGAAGUUAGUUGAAGUUUUGGAACCUGCGAUCAGCUGUCAGAGGUUGAUCUGUAUUUUGGUGGCGCGCCGCUUUGAAAUGAAGGACAGACAAUUUCUCGGUUAUCGGACGUUCGUAGAGCGUUCUGCGCUGAGGUCCACUCUCGUUCGGGAUCGUCGGUUAACUUGCACAGACCCUAGUGGACCCUGCAAAUGAUCGAAAGCUGUGGCUCCGCGCGAGUCACCCCGGGCGCUAUCAAUAACGGCGCGCUGUUUGCGGUCGGUGGCAUCACACUCAUCCUCACUCGUUGCCAGAGACAACAGCCGUCAACAGACAGGCUUCUCCAACGGAGGGGGGCAUAAUUGGAAUCGAAGUAUCGACAGUCGAGACCCAGCGGGCGCGGACGCAGCUUGGCAAUUUUUGCGACGUCGAAAGCCCUAGCGACAACCACGAUGCUCAAGGAGUGGAGGCUGAGGCAGACCCUGGAGCUGCACACGGGCGACGUGAACGGGUGCGACUUUUCGGGCACCACGCUGGCGACCUGCUCCAACGACAAGACUGUCCGCAUCUGGAAUCUGGACGAGAGCGGUCGCUUCGUUGAGUCCGCCGUGUCUCCCCUCACGGGCCACAAGUACGGGGUGAACGCCGUCCAGUUCUCGCUGCUCGGGACCAUCCUGGCAUCGUGCUCUAUUGACGGCACCGUGAUGCUCUGGAACGCCCAGACGGGGGAGAUGAUGGCACAGCUGCAGCACCCAAGCGCGGCUGCGAUCCGGUCGUGCAGCUUCUCGCCCUCGGGGGCCCUCCUGGCGACGGGCAGCGACGACGAGACCGUCAUCAUCUGGGACAUCAGCACCCGCUCUCUCAUCAGGUCCCUGGAGGGCCACGAGGCCAUGGUGUCUGCGUGCGCCUUCUCCCCGGACAGCCUGUUCCUGGCCUCGGGGGCAACGGGGGGCGACCUCAAGCUGUGGGACGCCCGCUACGGCCAUGGCCGCUGCCUGCUCACCCGGCCGGAGGCCCACGACCUGGGGGUCACGGGCUGCCACUUCAGCCCGCAGUUUGAGGCCAGCCUGGCGCAGGGCACGCUGCACAGCACCUACAUCCUGGCGUCGUGCGGCAACGACGACAAGGUUCGCGUCUGGCGCGUCCAGAUGGGCCAGCGCUGCGCCCUGACGCCCCACUACGUGCUCGAGGGCCACACGGCCAGCGUCAUGUGCUGCCGCUUCUCCCACGACGGGAACCUGCUUGCCUCCUCGGGUGGUGACAAGACCAUCAUCUUGUGGGAUGCGGGCUCUGGGGAGCUGGUGCAGCGGCUGGAGAAGCACAGCCGCUACGUGCCCUGCUGCGCCUUCUCCUCGGAGGGGGACCUGCUGGCCACGGGCUCCAACGACCGGGCCGUGGCCGUCUGGGGCCUCGGGGAACCCCAGGACCACCAUGGGGACGGCGCCUGCACCGGGAGGCCUGCGACUGCCGCCGGCAAGGUGCCAGCAGUGCCCCGUGUGGCCACGGUCGGCAAGUGGUCCGUGUCCGAAGUGUGCGAGUGGCUGGAGAAGACUGGGCUCGGAAAACACCGGCAGGUGUUCGAGGAGCAGUGCAUCAACGGUCAGGAGCUCCUGCACCUCACUCACGACAGCCUGAGCGCCGCACUCAAGAUCGAGGCCCUGGGCCAGCGCAACAAGCUGCUGCGGGAGAUCCAGAGCCUGAAGAACCCGCUGUGGCGGCACUGCAGCAUGCCUGAGGAGGACGGCAGCCUCCCUGAGGAGUUCUACUGCCCCAUCACCCAGGAGCUCAUGCGGGACCCCGUCGUGGCCCCAGAUGGCUACAGCUACGAGCGGGCGGCCAUCACCCGCUGGCUGGAGAGCGGCAAGGACACCAGCCCCAUGACGAACGAGACGCUGGAGCACACGGUGAUCAUCCCCAACCGGACCCUGCACCUGCUCAUCCAGAAGUACCUGGCCUGAGACCCGUCCGGUCCAGGGGCGGCCAUCUGGCUUUCCCACCACUGGGAGGAGCCACCGAAUGAGCUACGCUUUGGGUUACGGACACUUUGGCCGUCUCGGUGCUUGAGGUCGUCGUUGCCAGUUGUACAAAGGUUUAUCCAAGAUCGCAGGAAUCUUUUUUCCGUCCUUCAGAAAUGUUACCCUGGUCUGCGACGGAGCGAAACGACGUCGCCCGGACCUCCCGACACCGUGUUUAAAGCUCCACACCAAGCACCAAAAUGGUGGCGCCCGUAAGAAAGUCGGAAAAUGGUGUGCCGGUGCUCUAAGCGUAGCUCAUCCAGUGUCUACAUGCACCGUCAUCUCCUUGACAAGACCCCUCCUUGCAUUGUGUGACGUUUGGCGAGUGUACAGUGUUGUUUCUAGCUCCUCUUUGUGAGCAUUUUGCCGGUGUGUGCUCCUGCUUUGGGCAUUUUGUUUAGCUUUGCCUUCUCGAGGCGUCUCUUAGUGGACGAGUCAACGGUUCCUUCCGUUGCAUGUGGAAAACUCAAGAGUUAUAUUUUUUAGGUGGACUAUAAUAUGCAUUCUAAACGUGCGUAAAGGAUGACUUUUUGCGAAAGCUGCAUUUAACGGUCACUUAAUGAAGUUCUAUAUGCGCUAAAAAUUUUUUUAUUUUUGCCAGUUUGCGCAUAUUGUACCGUAAUAUUUCAAGAGAUGCGUCACCCUCGGAAUUUAGCCCCACCCCAGUUCUAGGCAUGAUUUUCUUUUCUGUUCGUGCCAAAACCAGCGAAAGAUAGUCCAUUCCUAGAAACUAUGCUGCUCAGGGGACUCGGGCAUUAAUGGAGCAUCUCCUUUAAAGGGACGCUACGGAGCUUCUUGAAAAAAAUGAGUUGGAAGUUAAUUCCACUGUAUUUUUACUCCGUUAACCCGAAUACCUAAACCAUUUGCUGCGCAAGUAUUGUUAGACGCGAGAAAACGCAAAAGACAGUUGCUGUUUGUGACGUCAUUGACGGAUCUUUUGGCUGCCCAGGGCUAGGGAGGCGGGGCUUCAGCCCUAUCUUGAAAUUGCUCUUAUGGCCCUCCGGCGCAUUGCAUUGAAACAUGAUCGUGAUAUCUGUUAUUCUAACGGCCAAGUGAACACAAUUCAAGUGUUUUUUCUCAAAUGCAGAACCGCCCCAUCUUUCCUUUAGCCACUGUUAUCGAGCUGUAUUUGCCGAGCUUGUCGAAGCCUUCGUUGGGGCCAUUUAGAACCGACCAAAGUUACUUCGAUGCUAGGUCUGUCGGCAGAAAGCACUCUUGUCUAAGGAACAUGCAAAGAAGAGCCAUUUCCAAACGGCAGCAUGGCAGCUAGAACGGAACAAAAACGUCCAACCGUGACUUCAGUGCUGCUUCUCUAUUGCUAGGAUGUUGGAUGUGAUAUUGAGGCCUCAAAGCUACAAUGGGAAAGAAAAAUGGUGGCGGCUCAAUCGACGGCGGCAGUCUUGUGGGCAAAUGGUACAAACUAUGUCAAAAAAAUUUCUGGUUUGGACAAUGUUUAAAUUUUCAGUCCUUGUUAUUAACCCCCUGGGCAGAGGAUAUACAGUCGACUCUCGUUAAUCCAAAAUCUCUUAAUUCAAACUUUCGGAUAAUUCAAACUAACGUGCAGGUCCCAUCCUAUGCGUCUCUGUGGGAAGAAACUCCUGAUAAUUUAAACUUUGCUUUAUUCAAACAAAUUUUCGGCCCCCCUCGAGUUUGAAUUAAUGAGAGUUGACUGUAAUCCCACGAAGACGUCCGAAAAAUGGGUUGGCGACUAUAAAGCAAUUUUUGCAUUAUGAUAGCAUCUAUGACAAGUUGGGUAAGUAAACUGCAAAGAAACCGACUUUCACAUUCCUUAGAAGACUGCACAUUCCCGGCUUGGCUACAAUAUUAUUUUUAACUUUUUCGUUCUCGCUUCGAAAGUUAACCCGCCCUUUAUUUACCCACAAUUUGCUCUGGAAUAUAAGUAAGCAUUCUCUCGAGCUAUUACAGUAGUCUGAACAAAAUGGUGCCCCUGGCAGGCAGCAUUUUGUUUACAUCGGUCUAGAUUUGUGCAAUAAAGGUUUAAAAGGUCCUAUUCUUAAAGCUUUGAGCGUAUAAAGCAUGGCUGGUCAAGCUGUAGCCCUACUUGCUGUACCUUGUAGCCCCCAUACAGGUAUGAAGCCCUUCAGCUUUCGCAGCCACCAUUGCAACCUCCAAUUAGUCAGCAGACUACAACCACACUUAUUGUUGGAGUUCAUUUGCCCACAUACAGUUGAACCUCGAUUUAACAAAGUCACCGGGACCCGCUAAUUACUUUGUUAAAUCGGGAACUUCGUAAAAUCGAGGAAGGAAGACCUCGCUCAUAGGCUGCGCAGGGAAUCCGCAUUUGUUUGUUAAAUCGGGAAAUUUGUGAAAUCGGGUUUCGUUAAAUCGAUCUAAUCUUCCGAGAAUUGCCAGCUAUUGAAAAAAUAUGAACUAAAGCCAGAGUGCAGGCAAGCUCGUAAGUCUUGGAGUGAGGGUUCAUAUAUUCGGAGAAAAUAUUUUUUGAGGUUCCAGAAAGCAAACGGUUGCUAUCUGUAGGAGAAAGGGUCUUUGUAGCAGAGGUCAUUACUACAUCAUUAUAUUGUAUUGGGGUUCUGGACAGUCCUUCGAGGAAAAAUUAAAUGGUUUUGGGUUCUGUUAGCCUAUAGGUGUUGAUGCACAAGCUUUCUUUUCACUGUGCAAUUUAAAAAAAGGACCGGCUAGUCUUUUUCUCCUUUGAAAAGCUUGGCAACCUGACCAUGGCGUGAGGCUGUUGAACUGUGGCUGCAAAGCACCGCAACUGAGCGCAGCUCUAGAUUAGAUAUCUGCACUGCACCAUCCUCGGACUUGCACUCAAUUAAAUCGACUAUUGAUGGACGUUCAGCAGCAUCAUUCCCAUGCCUUUGGAGUGCCCCUUCAGGCAUCUGUAUUUGUCCAAUGGUUACGAGAAAUUUUUAUGUGGCCGGGAGCUUGCCUGGAAAUACAUAUGGAUGCAAAAUAUUGCAAGAAGUCUGGUAUACGUAAACGAAUCUGUGUUCAAAAGUAUGGAGGCAUUUCUAGUCAGUGUAUUUUUUGGUUUUUUCAUGUUUUUUGUUUAAAGGAAGUUUUUGGAGUAAAGGAAGUUUUUGGAGAAAAAGGGUGAAAGAUCACAAGCCUGUAAGGUGAGCUCCUUCCUGGCUCCUAGGACUGGGCUCAUAUGUCAAAGUACUACCAUGUUCUAAUAAAAUGAUCUCACUACAGCCA